GUCAGUAUUACCGUUAGUAGGCCUCAUUCACGAAGCUGGUCUAUAACGGGUGUUUAAGGAAAUUGCCUAUAAAAUGGCGAUUAAAUGGGUAUCCACUCUUACCCACCACAUUCUUGACUAGUGGAGGGUCGUUAGACGAACGAGUAUGAUAGGACAGAAACCUUCCAUUAUAAGUAUAAUGAAGUACAAAGUAACUAAAUGCUUAUACAAAUUCCCAAAUCAUAGUUACAUUAGGCAAAAUGUGAAAUUGUAUGCUAAUCCAUGGGAUUACACUUCGUAGCCUUGUCAAACGUUAGUGGAGUGUGUGUGGUUAACCGACACACUAACUUGGGGAUGACAUUGGUGGCGAAGGGUGGCUCGUUGCUUAUCAUAGAUCAAUGGAGCGUGUGUGGCUAACCGGAACAUUCAUUUGGUGAUAGUAGCAUUGGGUGCACCACGUGAUUAGUAUGGUUAUUCACACCUUGUUUGUGAUCCUCGGCAUCCCAGUCACAAAUAGUAGGGCAUAAUCGAGAUUAAACAUGCCAUUGAAAAGUUCAAUGAAUCUCAAAAGAUCUAGGAGUUUCAAUUCAUUUAAAACUUAAACUUCCUUUUCCUUUUUCAUGGUGGAAAUUGGUAAAUCGUCAUUUACCUACCUUCAAAUAUUCUACGACUAGAUUAUGACAUCCCUCUUUUAGGUUGUAGAGUAUUCUGUUGGAUCCUAGCUUGAUGUUUCAUUUGGGUGUUACAUCAAGAAUUCUAAUCAACUUAACUUGAAUUUUCUCCCGUUUUGUAGAUGUCUAGUUUUGAUAGUCAUGGUAUUCCCAAAUCCCAUGGAACAAGCUUUCCAAAUGAAGAUGAUGUUCCACGACAUGAUCGAGGAACAAGAGAUCAUGCUUCACUUCCUCCACCUCCUCCAAUUGUUCUUCCUACCCCACAAGUUCAAAGGAUUGAAAAGUUCAAGCUCACUCAAGCCUUAUUGGCAAUUAAGCAUGAAGAUGGAACGUCUGUGUGUGCACAUGUCUUAGAGAUGAAGUCGCACAUUGAUAGGUUAAGGAUGUUGGGUGUCGAUAUCUUAGAAAUAUUGACCGUUGACUGGGUUCUUCAGUCACUUCCUGAAUCAUAUAGUGAGUUCGUUAGAGAGUACUAUAUGAUGGAUCACGACGUGACCCUCAUUGAUCUCACCUAUUUGCUUAUAGCUGCUAAAUCAGCAAUGAUUUGGCGUGUUGGUCAAGCAAAUUUGUCUGGUGAAUCAAACUCCCAAACUUCAAUGGACACAGGCAACAAUGGAAGUCCAGAAAGAACAAAGUUUGUUAUUGUCCAAUGUGUUGUACCAAAGGAGUCCAUUUGUUUUUAUUGCCAAGAGAAGGGGCAUUGGAGACGAAGCUGCGCAAACUACCUGAGAGAUCUAAGAGAUGGGAGAGUCAAGAUGUAUAGCUCUACUUCAGGAUCGAAGAAAAGAGAGGAAGCUUAUGGGAAGAAGUGAGUUGAAUCUAAUCAUGAAGAAAUGGAUUUCAAUCGCAUUGCUUGAAGAUUGGAUUCUUGAGCUACUACUUGGAGUUAGAAUAGAUUGCUAAGAAAUGUGUAAUGACAUAGUUUUUCAAUUGAAUUGCAUUGUAAGGACAAAUU